AUGAAGUCCCUUGCGUCCAUUGCCAUCGGGGCAGCGGCUCUUGCCUCUGUUGCCAGUGCAUCCGUAAAAGGAUUCGACAUUUCUCAUUAUCAACCCAAUGUCGACUUUGCCAAGGCCUAUUCGGAUGGUGCACGCUUUGUCAUUAUCAAGGCUACUGAGGGGACCACUUAUACCGAUCCCAGUUUUAGUGAUCAUUAUACCAAGGCCACCAGUGCCGGCUUCAUCCGUGGUGGCUACCACUUUGCGCAACCUGCGUCUUCCUCCGGCGCUGCCCAAGCCAAUUAUUUCAUCGCACAUGGAGGAGGUUGGUCAUCUGAUGGCAUCACUCUGCCUGGAAUGCUGGAUCUCGAGUAUGCUCCCAGCGGGGACAGCUGCUACGGGUUGAGCGCCAGUGCCAUGGUCAGCUGGAUUAAUGACUUUAUCAACACUUAUCACGCCGCUACUUCCCAGUAUCCUCUCAUCUACACUUCUACAAGCUGGUGGCAACUGUGUACAGGAAACAAUGGCUCCUUCGGCAGCAAAUCUCCUCUUGUGGUUGCGCGAUAUGCCAGCUCCGUAGGCACGCUGCCGAAUGGCUGGAGCUAUUAUACUAUUUGGCAAAACAAUGACGCGGCUCCCUGGGGCGGUGAUUCUGAUGUUUUCAAUGGAGAUUUAGCGCAGCUUCAGAAGAUUGCCCGUGGAAGCUAG